AUGGCUGCCAUGGCUGUCGAAGGCGAGUGGCUGAUCAAGUUGGAGCGGGGCUGGAGUGCCUGGAUGGUGGGCGAGCAGAAAUUUCAAGGACCCACCGAGCCUUUCCGCUACAUGUUCGGCAAGACGGAGUUCCAGGUCGACUUCCACAACGAGACCGAAGGCACCUCCACCAACCUCUCCACAGGCAAAGCCCGUGCGCUGUGCUUCGUGGCAAAGGGCCAGGCGCCACCUGCCUCGGGUGAGGAGGAGGUCCAGCAGCCUCAGACCAUUGCCCAGGACAUGUCCGACAAGCCCAUGCAAGCUACGAAAAUUGACAGCAACUUGCCCACCUGCUGCUACCUCGCGACCAACAACACCGCAUCCUACGAAGGUGAGUACCAGUGGCUUAUUGAGCUGGAGAAGGGCUGGAGUCCAUGGAUGCCGGGAAACGAGCCUUUCGACGGUAACACGGACGAGCCUCUGCGCUACACUCUCGGACGCUACACUUUCGAAGUCCACUUCGAGGAUGAGGGCCACGGCACUCAGACAAACCUGACGACCGGUAAGGUCCGUCGCAUCCAACGUCAGCGCAAAGGGGAGGCAGCCCCGGCUUGGGAAGGCACCGGAAUCCGAAGGCGACCCGCCAACGGAGCUGGACCAGCCGACGUUGGUGCAGCGCCUGUGGAGUCUGCUGCCAUGGCAGCGCAAGCCAACCGACAGGUUAGGCGCACUGCGAAUGCUGGAUAUCCUGCGGCGGCUGCCGCAGGAGGCGCCCCGGUUAAGAGCGCUCAGAAGUUCGCUCUCCGCACAUCCAAGCCAGCGGCAGCAACAAGGCCACAGGUGUCUGAGGCUGCGCAUAAGGCAACCGCCGCUCCAAGUGCACCCAGAGCUCCGGCAGCGACGACUGCCUCGAACGGCAACGUUCCUCGCUUCAUGCGGCCACUGAAGUCCAAAGCCUGA